UGAUUCUUACAUGUGUGUGUGUUAUCUUUUUGUGUGUCGCAGGCGCUGAUCAUGUGUUUUAAGAAGCUACUUCUUGGUAGUUGUACGACACACUUUUGUUUCGUUUUGACUUUGUACAAACUGAAGGAUUUACUUAGCAUGUUGACUAAUGGAUUAGAAAACUGGAACAUGUUGGAUUCUGUUGUGUGCUAUUCUUCAAAGGAUUAACUUUUUUUUGUGCUCUAAUGGUUUUAAGUGUGUAUUUUUUUUUUCGUUUGAUCAAUUAGACUACGAAUUAUAGUUGUUAAUUUCUCGACUUUGAAGACACAAAACGGAACCAAGCGUUAAUUCUUCCCAAAGUGUUCAGUAUGACUGCCAUCAGAUUCUCAACCAAGUACCUUACAGUACUUCACACCUCUCUUUGUGCUCUGUACUUUAUGAGUUUCACUGCUACCGCUGCUACCACAGAUCUUGCAAACUCCACAUUCAGCAAUACAACAGUCGCAGCAACACAGAGCACGUCUAUAGCAUCUACAACCAGCAACUUGACUUCAGCUUCAACCACAGCUUCAAGUACGUCGCCACAUACAGCAUCCCCGAAGUCUGGCCAAUCGCCAACGCUUAAAACUGGUAAUAUUGCAUUAAAUUUCAGUAUUAAAUACAAAAAUGAGUUGUAUACAAGUAAACUUGGUGAUUCCAAUUCAGAGGAGUAUAAAAAUAAAAGUCAAACAUUCAAAUCAAAGAUCCUUAAAUAUUUCGAUGGGGUCUCAGCGUUUCAGAAUAUUACGUCUAUAACGUUCAGAAAUGGCAGCUUAAUUGUUGACUUCACAGCUCAGUUUCAAUAUAAGGACGAGCUGGCCACCGAGUUGGCUGACAAAACGCUUCCAAGACUAAUUUCAAGUGACAUUGAUUCCAUAUAUACUCUUCCUUCUUUCACUCGAGGACUUAAAGCUGUUAGCGGCUGUGAAAUCUACAAAUGCCCGGAUCAUCAGUACUGCAAAGACGACAAUGGCUUACCGCAAUGUGUCGAUAGUUGUACUUUGAACUGUGGCGUCAAUGGUGAAUGUAUCGUCGACCACGUUACACUUAAACCGCUGUGCAGAUGUAAGCAGAACGACGACGAGGUCUAUGUCGGAGAGCUGUGCACAGAUAAAGUGGAGAAAUUCGCACUGCCGAAAGAUUACAUAAUUGCCAUCGCUGCGGGUGGAGGGGGCGCCUUGGUGCUCAUACUUCUGGUCAUUACCAUCCUCACCUGCGUCAUGAAACCAAAGGACUUGAAACAGGACAGCGAGGAUGAAAGAGACAAUAGAUCUGAACAAUCGUUUCAGUCAAUGAAAGACUCAGAAGAUCCAAUCAGUCAACCAUACCGACCUAAAAUAGACACAGUCAUGGCUGAGCCGACAUUUAGGUUGGUGACAAUGAGAAACGACGGGAACGCGAGAGAUAACAGUCCAGCUCCUUAUACAGUCGCCGCAAUAUCAGGUCUACCGGCCACAAGGCCAUCUUAUGACUUAACCGGGAACAUGACAUCAGAAUACCAGUACAGCGGGAUAAGAAGUCCAGGAAAUAAUGGAGACAUGAGAAGACAGAGCAGAGUUCGUGUAGCAGAUGACAUUGAAAAUACUCCAGAUUAUAACAGAAGAGAUAGCCGAGCAGCCAGAGAUUCUAUUGAUGGUGUUAACUUUAGAAAGAAUUCAAAUUUCAACAUUCUACCACAACGACGUCGAUCGUCUGCUACGGCAGACAUGAGAAGCAAUGUCACCUCGAAUCCUUUGUUUGGUAUACCGGAAAAUCGAUAUCGCAGAAAGUCGUCAGUAUUCUCAGAAAUAGAAGACAAUUAUUCUAAGUCUACAAUGUACCAACCGGGCAAAAACACAGACUAUCCAAUAAGACCAGGAGCCAAUGCUCGAGUUUUUGAUUAUUACAAGAGGAAAGAUUCAGAGGUGUUUCCAUCAACCGGGAGACUAACUUCUCAAACAGAAAUCUAUGACUAUGUCGAUGCCAAUAAUCGAAUGUAUGGUAUUAGGAAACCGCAGCCGAAUCCGUUGCAAAGAUAUUGAGUCGCUAAUGGAAACACUUUCAGAAAUUCAAAGAAUCAAGGUUUUAAGUCUUUAUCAAGUUAUCUUAACACAGCUACAAACUUUGAUGCCUAGAAAAUACCUACAAUGAUUGAAUACUACUACUACCAUUCUGUUAAACCUAGAGAGAGAGAGAGAGUAACAACAUGGCAAUGAAGAAAUUUGUGGACUUUACAAGGCACCCUACAACGUAUAGUUUUAUAUCAGUGUCGUAUAGUUUUAUAUCAGUGUCCUAUAGAAAUAUGAGGCAAUACACUGCCUUCAGGUAUUUUCUUACAUUCAUUGUAAAUAAACAUCGGUCCAUUUGAUUACUUUUCCUGCCUAUAGAAUACAUGUAAUAAACAUUAAAAUAUAUAUAGCUCAGUGCUUGCACAUAGCUAAUAUGACGUUAUUCAAAUUUAUUUAAUGACAAAUAUAAGCAAGACUAGAUACAUGGGCGUUAGGGGGAAGCGUCGGGGUUCAAACCACCAAACCCCGAAAUGAAAUCCCCCCAUCACUUGCCCCAGCGCAGCUAUAGUGGGUUUUGAGUUUAAAAUCCCCUCCAUGGAGUUUUGAGUUAAAACCCUCCCUCUUCUAUAAAAAAAAAAUCAAACGACAAACACCAAAUUCCAUGAGCAUUGCUAAGAAGGGUUUGAGUUUACCCCCCCCCCCCAAAAAAAAAAUUGUUUUUACGAUAAUACUCCCUCUUGAAAAUAAGACUAAAGCUGCUAAAGCAUACAACAGUCACCAGAUUAAUCAAUUUAUUAUUAUUAUAGCUUUUAUGUAGCUCUACUUUCAUGCUUAUAGCAUGCUCAGAGCGCUAUAAACCAAUCUCAUUUGUGGGCAAGAGGGGGGAGGGGAUAUCUGGGAGAAGGUUUUCCGCGCUGCCUUUGGGCGCUCAGUAAACACAACUCUGCUCGAAUCGGGUGUCGAACCUCGAGCCCCCUUCAUAAGUAGCCAAGGCAAGCCAAGUUCAAGUGUUCUUAGCCUCUCGACCACGCUUUCUAUGAACCAUAGGGUUUUGGGUUUAAAACAAAAAAACAACCUUCCAUCUGGUUUUCAAGCAAAAAAACUACCUCUUCAUUAUAAAUUUAAAGCAAAAUACAGUCACAAAAUUCUAUGAGCGUAGCAACCCCCCCCCCUCAAAAUAGCUUUAAGUUUAAAACCCCCUCCAGAUGGUUUUGACUUUAAAACCCCCCUACAGAGAGUUUUGAGGUUUAAAACCACUUCUUCAAUUAUAUUCUAAAGCAAAAUAAAGUCACCUAAUUCUAUAACCGUAGCUAAGGGGUUUUGAUUUUGUUUAAUAAAAAACAUCAGAUUUUUUUUUUGUUUAACCCCCCCCCCCCCUACAAAUCGUUUUGACGAUAAAUUUCCCUCUUCAAUAUAAAAUCUAAAGCAAACUACAGUCUAAAAUCCCCUCCAGAUGAUUUUGACUUUAAAACCCCCCUACAGAGAGUUUUGAGGUUUAAAACCACUUCUUCAAUAUUAUUCUAAAGCAAAAUAAAGUCACCAAAUUCUAUAACCGUAGCUAAGGGGUUUUGAUUUUGUUUAAUAAAAAACAUCAGAUUUUUUUUUUGUUUAACCUCCCCCCCCCCAACUAAUCGUUUUGACGAUAAAUUUCCCUCUUCGAUAUAAAAUCUAAAGCAAACUACAGUCACCAAAUUCCAUGAGCGUAGCCAAGAAGUGUUACCGAUUUCUAUCAGUCGCUGUGUUCCAUUAAUAAAGUGCAUUGUAUAGAAGAUUUGGUUUUUGAACACAAUUUUUUAAUAGCAGCAUAAAAAGCUCAGGACUCCACUGGUGGAGCUCACAGCGCUCCCCCAAACCCCCUGUCUAGCAUGGAGGGGGGUGUCUACUGUCAUUUCACUAACUCCAGGAAAAAUUAUUCUAGGGUACACAGUCUUCCGAAAGAAUGAAGGGUUGGAAUAUAACAAAUAUUAAUUAAAGACAUACAUAUAUACAUAUAUUUGGGAGGGGAAUAAUGGCUACGCCCAUGAAUAGAUACAAGAAGUAUUAAGGAGAAAAUUUUAUGUGUUGCAUUUCUGGAAGUCUAAUUAGCACACACAAUAAAAGCUUUAGUGAAACCUACAAUUCAAAUUUCUAUUCUCCGUCGAACUCUAGCUAAGAUUUAAUUUUGCUAUAAAAAUAAGUUAAAGGAUUACAUUUAUUUCCCUGAAUUGUAGAACUCGUUUAUUUCUAAUGAUAUUUUUUGCAUCAUUAAAGAUUUCGUCUAAUUGAAACAAUGCCUGUAAUGUAUAAGAUUCUGAUAACCAUUGUGUGGAGGCAGAAUUUAUUGUUCAGAAUCGAUUCUAUUCUUUUUAUAUUUGAUUCAUAAUUUAAAAGUUUUCUGAGUGUGUAUGUGUGUGUUCAAUUGUUACACUUGUUGAACUGAUGUUUUUUUUUUUUUAAUAUUCGCAAAUUACCCUGUAAUUUAAAAAAAGUCGAUUGUUAUUGCCUCAACAAAAAAUAAUUAACAAAUUGAAGAAACCUAGUAAAUGCAUAGCGUACGCUGUAUAAAUAUUAAUAUAAAAAUUAUACAAUAUCUUGAUGACUGUGCAAAAUUUAUUAGUUUUUUUUUUCAUGUAAUAUAAAUAUUUGACCUAGUUUGUUUUUUUUCAACUGGAAACUAAAAGUCAUGGAAUAGAUUACUUCUGUCAUUUCCUGAAAAGGCCUCUCGAAAUAAAAAUCUGAUCUUUUAGUUGCUCAUUAAUGACGAUCACUCUUCAUCAAUCUUAACGCUAUUGAUGACAUGAAUGCUAUUAAAAAAAAAGCAAUGUGUGUUAAACAUGUUCCUGGCCUUUUCCAGACACUGACAAGCGCUGGCGCUCUGACGUCUGCUAUAGGCAAACAAUUACCAAACGUUGAUUCCUUAUUGUUCUUGUCCUUACCCCAAUUCUUUCUCCCCCUUGUUGUCCUAAUUGGGCGCCUUCUAUUGACCUGCUGAAUGAAUUCAAUGGCCCCUGCUUUUCAUAUAUAUAUGAUAUAUAUUAUUUGAGGAACGCAUAUGAUUAGAGUCCCUGGCAGCUGUAGGAUAAUGUUGGUUUAUUUUGAGUCUCUUUCAAUCACGUGAAAUAUAUGGUCACUGUUGACAACUUUUCAGCCGUGAACUUUGUCCGAUAAGAACAAUUAGAAAUAGACAAUUUUUUUUUUUACUGUAAGAACUCGUUAUUUAGUCAGUGAAAUUUAUUUACAUUAUAUUACAAAAUUGACACUAUUAUCUUUCAUAUUUUCUUAAUAAAACAAAACAAAAUAACAAAA